AUGAGAGCAGUUCCGAUGAUGAGGAUGUUCCUGCAACUAAGAAGGCGGCAACCUGCAGCUGCUGCCAAGAAGAAAGAUGAAUCAUCAUCUGAAGAGGAGUCCAGUUCAGAUGAGGAUGAUGCCCCGGCCAAGAAAGCAGCUCCAGCUAAGAAGGCAGCUGCACCUGCAGCCAAGAAGAAAGAUGAAUCAUCAUCUGAAGAUGAGUCCAGUUCAGACGAGGAUGUUGCACCGGCCAAGAAAGCUCCUGGACCACCCCUGCUGCAACAAAGAAAGAGGAGUCCAGUGAUGAAUCUGAAUCAGAAGAGUCUUGGGAGGAUGAAGAUGAAAAACCGGCCAAGACUCCCAAGAAAACUUGUCCUUUGUAUGACCAUCCAUCCUUACAUGAAUUUUAUUUUUAUUAUGCAGGGUGGGGAUGUUAAAAUGACAGAAGCUGACAAUACUCCCAAGACCCCUUCCACACCCAAUGUCCAAUCUGGAGGCUCAAAAACCCUAUUUGUUGGAAACUUGUCUUUCUCUGUUGAGCAAGCUGAUAUUGAGAACUUCUUCAAAUCUGCUGGGGAAGUUGUAGAUGUUCGUUUUGCUAUGGGCCAAGAUAAUUCAUUCAGGGGCUUUGGUCAUGUUGAGUUUGCUACUGCUGAAGCAGCAGCGAAGGCUAUGGAAUUGAAUGGUCAAGAGUUGCUAGGUCGUGGAGUAAGACUUGACAUGGAAAAAGAAAGGGGUGCUCCCACUCGUUCAGCGGGUUGGCCGUGA